UCAAACUUAGUUGGUGGGGUGGGGCAAGGCUUGGGAGAGUUACUUAGGAAUGUAACUUGUUAGGGGAAGUUUUUUAAAAAAUCCCUUUUUCUAGAGAAAAGGACUGUUGUUUUUUGUUUUGUUUUGAAGUGGAAUGUGUGUCCUUAAUAAAUAUUAAGUGACAGGCAAUUUAUGAGCCUGUCUUUUGGGGCAACCAUACAGAAAGGUACACAGCGCUUAUUAGAUUCUGUCACUUUUUGUGAAAUUAAGGGAAGGGAUGAAAGGAAGUAUGGCAGUCGUUUUAUUUUUUUAAAUGGUGACCCAUGGUUUUUGUCUUUUAUUAGACAUCUGUCUGGAGUUGAAAGGGAAACAAUCCAGUUACAAGUGUAACCAGAGCUACCUAGGCCUUUUAGUUGUAGUUAGAUCUGGAGUUUUUAAUUUCUAGGUUUUUUUUUUCUUGUGGUUCAGGAGAAUAUAUGGUAGUGGUGACACUUACUUUCUUCCUUUUAGUGCUACCUCAACGGUACUGAACUCUUUGGCUAAUUAUAUAAAUUUUGAAUUCUAGAGUAGAUAAGUAAAGCAUUUUUUACUGGAAAAGUCAGGAAACACACCCUGAGCCCUGGUCUUGGAUUCUCUCAGUUACCUUUCAAAUCAGUACUUACUAUUGGGCACUAGACCCAACAUGAGUUUAGCAAUAGUUUGAAAGGUAUUAAUAUCAAGUAUUAAUACAAUCCUACUUGAACUUUUUUGGUUGAGUAUGUGUGUAAAAAUGAGAUCCUCUGAAGAGUCUGACCUGAUAUUUAAUCAGAGUGUUAUUUUAAAAGUUUAUUUCUGUUUUUACAUGAGUGUAAUCUUCUUUUAUUCUAGGCAUCCCAUGAAAUUAUUGACUUGAGGUUGAAUUAUCUUGAAAUCCACCUGACCAGUAUCUUACAUCACUGAAGCCACAGGCCAGAGGCUUAGCAGAGGAAUCCAACUUGAUUGACAAAUCAGGCCUGUGUGAGAAAAAAAAAUAGAUUUUAAAAGUUGAAUUUUGAUAACUUUUUCAUCUGCACUUUAUGGAUAAUGAGAUCAAGCCAAAUCAAUAUUUCUGCUGAUGCAAAAGUCUUGGAUGAAGAAGGUUUGAAAAUACAACCAUCUGUAAUAAAUGAAGAAGACUUUAUUAAGAAACUGGACUGCAAACCUGACCAACAUUUGAAGGUGGUUUCCAUUUUUGGAAAUACUGGGGAUGGAAAAUCUCAUACCCUUAACCAUACUUUUUUCUAUGGCCGUGAGGUCUUCAAAACAUCCCCAGCACAGGAGUCCUGCACAGUCGGGGUUUGGGCAGCGUAUGACCCAGUCCACAAAGUAGCGGUAGUAGAUACAGAAGGGCUUCUGGGAGCUACUGUCAACCUAAGCCAGAGGACACGGCUGCUACUCAAGGUUCUAGCCAUCUCUGAUCUGGUCAUCUAUCGGACUCAUGCCGACAGGCUGCAUAAUGACCUGUUCAAGUUCCUUGGAGAUGCUUCAGAAGCCUACCUGAAACACUUUACUAAGGAGCUCAAGGCCACCUCUGCCCGCUGUGGUCUAGAUGUCCCUUUAUCUACUCUGGGUCCUGCAGUCAUCAUUUUCCAUGAAACAGUACAUACCCAACUGUUGGGUUCUGAUCACCCCUCUGAGGUGCCUGAGAAGCUGAUCCAGGACCGGUUUCGGAAGCUGGGUCGAUUCCCUGAAGCUUUCAGUUCCAUCCACUACAAAGGAACGAGGACUUACAAUCCCCCUACAGAUUUCUCUGGGCUCAGGCGGGCCUUGGAGCAGCAGCUGGAGAACAACACCACCCGUUCUCCCAGGCACCCAGGGGUCAUCUACAAAGCACUAAAGGCAUUGAGUGACCGCUUCAGCGGUGAGAUCCCUGAUGACCAGAUGGCUCACAGUUCCUUUUUUCCAGACGAGUACUUCACCUGCUCCUCCAUUUGCCUCAGCUGUGGGUCUGGAUGUAAAAAUAGCAUGAAUCAUGGAAAAGAAGGAGUGCCUCAUGAAGCAAAGAGCCGCUGUAGAUACUCCCAUCAGUAUGAUAACCGGGUUUAUACCUGUAAAGCCUGCUAUGAAAGAGGAAAGGAGGUCAGUGUGGUGCCUAAAACAUCUGCUUCCACUGACUCCCCUUGGAUGGGUCUUGCAAAAUAUGCAUGGUCUGGGUAUGUGAUUGAGUGUCCUAACUGUGGUGUGGUAUAUCGUAGUCGGCAGUACUGGUUUGGGAAUCAAGAUCCUGUGGACACAGUCGUAAGGACAGAAAUUGAACAUGUCUGGCCUGGAACAGAUGGAUUUUUAAAGGACAACAACAAUGCUGCCCAACGCCUGCUAGAUGGGAUGAACUUCAUGGCACAGUCAGUAUCUGAGCUGAGCCUUGGGCCCACAAAGGCAGUGACAUCUUGGCUCACUGACCAGAUUGCCCCUGCCUAUUGGAGACCGAACUCCCAAAUCCUGAAUUGCAACAAGUGUGCAACAUCAUUUAAAGAUAAUGACACCAAGCAUCACUGCAGGGCCUGUGGGGAGGGCUUCUGUGACAGCUGUUCAUCCAAGACACGGCCAGUACCUGAGCGGGGCUGGGGACCUGCACCUGUUCGAGUGUGUGACACCUGCUUUGAUGCAAGAAACGUCCAUUUAGAUGUCCCGGAGGCACAGGUGGACGAAGAAGGUGGGACACUGAUUGCCAGGAAGGUGGGCGAGGCAGUGCAAAAUACUCUGGGAGCAGUAGUAACAGCCAUCGACAUACCAUUAGGUCUUGUGAAAGAUGCUGCCAGACCAGCCUAUUGGGUGCCUGACCAUGAGAUUCUGCACUGCCACAAUUGUCGAAAGGAAUUCAGCAUAAAACUUUCCAAACAUCACUGCCGGGCCUGUGGCCAAGGCUUCUGCGAUGAGUGUUCCCAUGACCGCCGAGCCGUCCCCUCUCGAGGCUGGGACCACCCAGUUCGAGUCUGCUUUAACUGCAAUAAAAAGCCUGGUGAUCUUUAACGCCAGCUCCCGCUCCAGGUCCUUCACAAUUCCUUAGGUUCUCAGGGUUAGAAACAAAUCUUUUUGGGGGUCUUCCCCUCCUUGACCUGGUAGCCUAUUGUAGUGUGUGCCCUCUUUCCUAGAUAUUCUUGGGGCUCUACCACCUCCAUAUGAGAGGCUGUGUCAAGCUGGGGGUGAAUAUAUCAAAUCAGGGCUGAAGGCCUAAAUCCCUCGGGGUGGGGGGACUGGGCAGCUCAUUUUAAAGGUGAGUGAACCAGAAUCCGUUGCAUUUUAUUCCAGUUUAAAAAUAAAAUAUAAAUACAUAUAUCUAUAAUUAUAAAUAAAUAUAUAUAUAAAUACAAAGAUAUUGAGUGCUAAGGAUGCAGUUGGCUACUGAAUCCUUAAUACAAGUUACCGGCGCAGGGAAAACUGGUAGCAAGAGUUCUUCCCUGCGAGGCUGGGCUAGGUCCAAAGCCAUUGCAUUGCUUGUUAGCCUUUUGCUUGUUCUCUUAAAGCAUUUAAAAGCCUUUCUUUCCUUCCUAUCUCAUCUUCCUCACUUAAAGGGUAGACUCCUCCAGCUGCUAUGGAGACUAAGGCUUUAUGGUAUAAUAAUGCUUUGGACAGCAGUAUGGGGACUUCUAUCCUUUGGUGUUCAGGAGGACUUAAAUUUAAUUUCCCUGGCUAAGCCUGUUUCAGUCAGGAACCACCUACCUUCAAGUGCAGGUCACUGGAAUCAAUGGUGGGUGAGGGGCUGUGGUUUUGGAAUUAGGUUUCAGCCUCCAGGAAAGUUAGGGUAUGGGUAUCAGGCCACCUCCUGUAUUUGAGAGCACAGGAAGAAGAUAUGUUCUCCUCUGCUCCUUUUUAAAAAAGGUAUCUUUACUUACUGUUGGGGUUUUUGUCUAGGCUUUUCUAAGAUGCAGGGGACCCUUCUCCAAAAUUUAGCACCUGGGUACCUUCCCUCACCUACCUACUUCUCCUUAAAGCCUGUGACUUUACUUCCAAGUAUUGCCCUAGGAUUUAAUGCUUGUUUUAAAGUGUCUUAUUCUUGGUUCCCAAAACAUGAGCCCUCUAAUUAUUAGAGGGAUGACCAUGAGUAAUCUUCCAGGGACAAAGAGCACAAAUUGGACUGUUAAAAGUUUUAUUAAAACAUAUAUAUAUCUAUAUGUGUAUAUACAUAUUCAUAUAUAUAUAUACACACACACACAUACAUACAUGUAUAUAUGUUACAACAGAGCACAUAAGAAAACAAAAUUCCAUCAUCUCUUCAGUCCUUGCAAGAGAAUUCAAAUGGACUUCUAUUUAUCAAGGUACUAGACUUCCAUCCCUAACCAUGAGGUGACUGGAAAGAGACUGUGCUAAAAUAAUCUUCCGUGGUGGAUUUUAUCUUCUAUGGCCAAAAACUAAUUAAAAAGCAACAAAAUUCUGGACUGAACUAAAUGGAAAGUUUGCCCCUUAAUGAUGGAGAGAGAGAAAGAAUGAGAGAGAGAGAGAGAGACUGUGUGUGUGUGUGUGUGUGUGUGUGUGUGUGUGUUUGUAUUUUGGAGAGGGCAUCCUAUUUGACAGUUCAUGAUCAUGGGUAGCCAGAAUUGGGUCCCACUCAGAGACCUGUUCCCUUACUGUCUUAUAGCACAGUGGCUAAAGCCCUCCUUCUAGAACUGUAUAUUAUUAAAUUAACUAUUAUAAAGGAAUAUUCCUUCUGAAA